AUGAGUUUCCAGUGUUAUGUAGAUGAUACUCAGCUGUAUAUGGCAAUAGCACCUACUAGCAACUGGAUAGACGUAGCAUCUCGUUUGCAAACUUGCCUUUCCGAUAUAAGUUCUUGGAUGCGCUCUUACUUUCUAAAGAUAAAUCAAGAAAAAACGGACUUUAUUAUAUUUGCCCCAAAACACAGAAUUCAUCAUUUUAAUGAAGUUAGCAUCAUUUUUGACGGGAAUAAAAUUAAAGUCUCAUCAUGUGUGAAAAAUUUAGGUGUUUUCUUUGAUUCUGUGCUGAACAUGGAUAACCAAAUUCGAAACAUUACCAAGUCAUGUUACCAUCAACUACGAAAUAUUGGACGCAUUCGACCUUUAAUAUCAGAGAGCGCGUGUAAAACCCUGGUAUGUUCACUUGUUACCUCCCGUCUAGAUUAUGGCAAUGCCUUACUAUACGGUAUAUGCACCAGUUCCUUAACAAAACUUCAACGGAUUCAAGAUACUGCCGCCAGAAUAAUUACUCGUACAAAGAAACAUGAUCAUAUAACACCUGUGUUAGUCAACUUACAUUGGCUUCCCGUAGAACAUCGAAUCCAGUACAAGCUGCUUCUACAGACUUUUAAAGCUUUAAACGGAACAUCACCACUAUAUAUACAAGAACUGGUUCAGGUUUACACGCCUAGAAGAUCUCUACGCUCAGAGAACUCCAUGUUCCUUGUUCAGUCGCGUGCGCGGACUAAAUCAUAG